CGGGAAACCGCCACGACUGAAUCUCAUCACUCCCUUCCUCUGAGUCCUACUUCCUCACGCCUCCACCAACCUUAUAUCCACUCCAACGCGCUUUUCCUUCUUCCGCCAACCCAAUCAAUCCAAACACGCCCUUAGCAGAAUGGAGACUAAUCCCCGCACGAUCCGCAGCCUAGUCUCGAAGCUGAGCUCCGUUUCCGAAGCCGCCCGCGUCGACGCCCUCUCCCAACUCCGCCUCAUGUCCAAACAGUCCCCCGAAACCCGCCCCCUCAUCGCCGACGCCGGCGCAAUCCCCUUCGUCGCCGAAACCCUCUAUUGCUCUUCGCACCCCCCCCAAGAAAACGCCGCUGCCACACUCCUGAACCUCAGCAUCACCCAAAAGGAGCCCCUCAUGUCGACACGUGGCGUCCUCGACGCCAUCGCUCACGUGAUCUCUCACCACAACACCACCUCCUCCCCCGCGGCGGUCCAGUCCGCCGCCGCCACCAUCCACAGCCUCCUCUCCUCCGUGGACUCCUACCGCCCCGUCGUCGGGUCCAAGCGCGAGAUUGUCUACUCCCUCAUCGACAUCCUCCGCUGCCACGUCUCGUCUCCUCCUCGCACCAUCAAGGACUCGUUAAAGGCCUUAUUCGCCAUCGCGCUUCAUCCUCUUAACCGAUCUACUAUGAUUAAUCUUGGCGCGGUUCCCGCGCUUUUUUCGUUGGUUGCCAAGGACGGUAGGGUUGGGAUUGUGGAGGACGCCACCGCCGUCAUCGCGCAGGUCGCCGGUUGCGAGGACGCCGCCGAGGCCUUUUUUAAGGCCUCCGGAGUCGGCGUCCUCGCUGACCUCCUCGACCUUGCCACCGCCGCCAGCAUGCGGACUAAAGAGAACGCCGUCUCGGCGUUGCUCAAUUUGGUGCGGUGCGGCGGUGACAAGGUCGCCGCCGACGUGCGCGACGCCGUGGCGUUCGGCGCGUUGGAUGGAAUUGCGGAUGUUAGGGACGGCGGGAGCGGCAAGGGGAAGAACAAAGCUGCGGAGUUGUUGAAGGUUUUGCUCGGUGAGAACAAUGGCGAUGUUGUUGCGUUGAACAGUGAUACUUGUUCUUCGUUUGGUUCCUCGAGGAAUCAUGAUUCGGAAUGAGUUUGAUUCUUUUUGUUAGGAAAUGGAUUCUUUGCAUUCGCGGAUUCAUUCAGGCAUUCAUGAAUUGGAAUGGUUGAAUGAAGAUAAGAUGGUUCACAUUUUGGAUACAUGUGUUAAGUUUGUUACAUUUAGGAUAAAAACAUAGAUGCAGUUUCUUAUGUGCUUUUGGCCAUGUUUUCCGAUCAGAAUUAGAGUUUUACCUCGGAAAUCUGUGUUGGUAUUUGAUGUGAAUCUAUAUUAUGCAAAUUACCGAGGUGAAUCUCCAAUUAUGAUUGGAGAAUAACACUGAUAAUACUGAAGAUUUGUAUAUUCAUUCAAUGGUUCUGACUAGCUGAAUGUGUGAAUGCAGCAGGAGUUUCCUGGCUGUAGGGAAUUCCGGUUGAUUUAGGUUUAGGCAGGCUGAUUUGGUGUACAAAUUAGGUGAUAAUUUUGUUGUUUUGAUGAUAUUCUAUUGAUUAUUAUGUUAUGAUAUGAACAAUAUCAUGAUGUGUUUUACAUUCCUACAGUGUUGAUUUA